AUGGUUGACUCUGACUGGAAACGGUUGAAAACUUCAUUUGACAAGAACUAUUACAAAAAGAAGAUACAGCCCACGGUAGAGAAGAUUCAAGAAAUCGUGGAGAGCAUUCAGCAUGAAUCCGUACAUCAUACAGAGGCCGCAACACUGGACAGCAAUCUCAGGCUUCAAAUUAUGGAGCAGAGCAUUGGAAAGGUUCAUGAUAAGCUGGAUACGCUCGAACGGAUGGGGGACAGAUUCCGCAAAUACAGCUCCGAAGAGUUGCAAGAAAUUGCCAGAAUUCUAGCUGGAAGAUUGCUCAACGAUGCCGAACUUCAAGUCCAGUAUCGGCGCAGUGAAUGUAUCAAGCUAUGUUCGCGAAAGGAUAUUCAAUCAUUCAUCGAACCGCUUAUCCCAUACAUGGAAGAUGGCCGUGAAGAGAUUUCCAGAAGACUAGGAGGACUAACUGGCCAAUCCUUACCCGGCGAGGUAUUGGUAUCGAUGCAAAAAUGGCUUCAAGUCCCCUCUUCUAGAAUGAUUUGGAUUGAAGGUUCUUCUCCGGAUUUCUAUGCAAGCAAUCUCUCCUUAGCUGCGCUGCGACUCUGCGCUAUUUGCAACAGCAGCGAAGUGCCCUCAAUAUUCGUCUUUUGCAAAAACAGGUACAAAUUCCAGAAAUCCAGGUCAGCCUCUGCCCAAAAAGAAGCCUCGCUAGUGGUCCUACUGUACUCGAUCAUCUCGCAAUUAGCAUGCUUGAUUCCACCCGAGUUCGAAGCCGUAAAAAAGCUCGAUGGAUGGCAUUUUAACCAACUAGAUGGAACAAUCGACUCUGCAAAACUUGCGUUAGACAUCAUUGAAGCUUUGGUAUCUCUUCAACUGCCAUCCUUGAUUUGGAUAAUCGAUGGACUCCAGCUCGCGGAAGACCGGAACAGCCGUUCAUAUUUAACACGCUUGGUGACUAUUCUGCGUAGUCACCAGGACGGUAAUGUAUGCUUCACAACCAAUGGCAGCAGUCGGGCUUUAAUACAGACCAUCAGGAAAUCCGAGCGGGUAGAUGCUUCACCCAUGCUUCAGGGGAGAGGGGGACGGGUUUUGAAGGGUGGACUUCAAAUUGAGGGAUUGACAGGUCGUUUUCGAUAA